GAAAGCCUGUAAUUUGAAUUCAAUCACAAAUAGAAUUUCUUCACUCUUCCAUUACAUUCUCCAUAUAUAUGUCUCAACAACAACGAUCGCAUAUCCCAAAAUUCGGUAGUUGGGAUGCUGACAAUGUUCCUUACACGGCAUACUUUGAAAAUGCACGAAAAGAUAAAGGUACGGGUGUAAUGAUAAAUCCAAAUGACCCAGAGCAGAAUCCAGAAGCUUUUAUGACUUAUGCAAGCGGAAAUGAAGAUGAAAGCAAUGAUAAUAUUGCUUAUGCCGAGAAAAAUAUGAAAUCUGGAACUAGAAAUAGUGUAGAUUUAAGGAGCAAGGACUUCUCAAACAAGCAACAAAAUUACAAAGCUGGUCCGGAUAAAACUUCCAACUCAAGAGAAAGAAUAAGCAAUUUUUCUCCGCCUUCACCUGCGCCCGUACCUAAUAGACCAAAAUAUGGAUACAAUGCAGCCGAUGAUAUCACUGCACAUAGAUCAGCAUCAGUGCCGAUGUUUGGGGCAUGGGAUGAAAAGGAUCCCAAAUCUGCAGAUGGUUUUACAGUCAUUUUUCAGAAAGUCAAAGAGGAGAAACACAUAGCAGCCACCAAAUUUCCACCAAUUCCUAAACAAGCAACGUAUAAUCCCAACAUUCCCAAAAGUGAUAACAAAAGAGUCAAGAAAUGGUGUUGCUUGUUCUAAGAAGAAACUACAUGGAAGUAUGCGGAAACUAAAUGGUGUAGCUGUUUCUAGAAAUUAUAAUUGCAAUGUUUCUAGAAAAUGUAUGCGGAAACUUUAUACAUGUUAAUUUAUUCAUAUUGCUACACUCCCAUUGU